UUCAGUGAAUUGAAAUGUACGGUGAAAGAGGUCGUGGAAGAUAUUACCCGAGAGAUGGAAACUAUCGACCACCUCAGCGAUAUUUCGCCUCCCAUCAAAAUCGUCCCCCGAGGCACCAGCAAUACUACGGAAAUUACUACGGAGGACGGCAGAGGUUCCCCGUGAACGAUAAUUACAUGCAGCAGCAGGGGUAUCCUAAUUCGAGGUCUGGUAGUCGGUACGGGGCUAACUAUGAAGCACAGCCGUUGCAGACCUAUUUCUACACUAGCGGAGUAGCGGAACCUCAGAACGAGAACAACACUAAUCAGGAUGAGUCAGGAAGAUCGAACAACAAGCCUAAGCGAAAUGAAGCUACUUCCAGUGGAGAAAACAUGAAUAAACUUCAACCCAGUAUGAGCUCAGCAGAUAGAGACUUUGGGUCGAAUGCUGACAUGGCCGAAAAGCUGACUGCGCAACUGAGCAAUGAGAGUUACGAGUGCAUGAUAUGCUGUGACUCUGUCAAGGUCAAGGAGUCAAUCUGGUCAUGCACUAAUUGUUAUCAUGUGUUUCAUCUCCAUUGCAUCCAGGAAUGGAGUCGAACAGUGCUGACCAGUCCUAAUGGAGUAACAGAGAACCUGCAGCCACCUCCAGAGCUCAUGAGGGAGGCUGGUGGCGAUGCCUCGACGUCUGGAUCCUCAUCAUCGCGUGGUCGUCGUAACAUGAUGAUCUCGGACGUAUUUCUGCUCCAGUAUAUGAGGUCGAGGAAUUCUGUCAUCUAUGGUCAGGAUACAGAGAGUGAAUUAUGGAACGCGUCCAGUGGGGAUGUAGGAACUUACUUGAGGAGCUCAAACUCGAACGCUCUAGAGAAUGACAACCUGAACAGCAUGAUUCCCUCUGGAGCUGGCUGGAGGUGUCCCGGAUGUCAGUUCAUGGUGACGUCAGGGGUGCCAAAGCAAUACCGCUGUUUCUGUGGUAAACUAUCCGAUCCCGGAUUCACUCCGGGAGAUGUGCCACAUACAUGCGGAGAGAUGUGUGGCAAGAAAGGAAAGAGUGGCAGUGACACGUGUGAGCACCCUUGCACCCUCCUCUGCCACCCCGGACCCUGUCCCCCCUGUGUGGCCAUGACGACCAAACAGUGCGACUGUGGCAAACAGUCCAUGUCCGUCAGGUGUGACAAGGCUGUCAUCAAGUGUGACAAGGUGUGUGGGCGUGAUCUGUCUUGUAAGAAGCACCAGUGUGAGAAGACAUGUCACAGGGGCAGUUGUGGGGACUGCACGGAGACUGUGGAUGUGGCCUGCUUCUGUGCCAGGGACAAGUGUACCCAAGUAUGCACCGACAAUAUAGAGCACUACUCAUGCAAGCAGCCAUGUGGGAAGACGCUUAACUGUGGCAAUCACAAGUGCGAGAAGAUCUGCCAUUCGGGCGACUGUGGCCAGUGCGAGACGUCUCUGGACGUCGUCAAAACAUGUCCCUGUGGCAAGUUCAACGUAUCCGUCUUCGGAGCCAGACUGUCGUGUCUGGACAAAGUGCCAACCUGUAAUAACCCAUGUGGCAAAGUGCUCAAGUGCGGACCACACAACAAGAAGCACAGGUGUCAGUUCCCCUGCCACUUGGGCCCCUGUCCCGUCUGUCCCCUCGAGACACAGUCUAGAUGCAGGUGUGGGGCCAACACAGUCACAGUCCCCUGUCAGGAGAUAUUCAACGAUGGAGUGAUUGUGUGCACUCGAGUGUGUAAGCGUAAACUGCACUGCAACAAACACCAGUGUCGCAAACUGUGCUGUGUGGAUUCUGUGGGAGAGGGUCAUGUGUGUGCUGCCACAUGUAAUAGACUAUUGUCCUGUGGGGUGCACCAGUGCCAAGAGAACUGUCACAGGGGUAACUGCGAGAGGUGUUGGCAAUUCAGCUUCGAGGACUUGACGUGUCAUUGUGGUCAGAGUCGGAUCCCAGCACCUGUUCCCUGUGGCACCUCCCCUCCCACCUGCGACAAUCUCUGCAUGCGACAACACCCCUGUGGCCACCCACCCCAGCACACCUGCCACAGUGACGAGAAGUGUCCCCCCUGUCCGGUGCUGAUUGCAGCCUCAUGUCUGGGGGAGCACCAUAUCAUGAACAGUGUGCCAUGUUAUAUUCAGAGGAUGAGCUGUGGAAGACCUUGUGGGAAGGGAUUACCGAAUUGUGAUCAUUUGUGCACACAAACUUGUCACUCGGGAACCUGUUUGUCAGAUGGUCAGUCGUGUCAGCAGAAAUGUCAGAUGCGUAGAUUUGGGUGUGGUCACGCAUGCAACGAGAGAUGUCACUAUGGUCAGGGCGAUUGUCCAGACACGCCCUGUAAACAGCUGGUGCCCGUGAGCUGUGUUUGUGGUAGAGUGAAGGGACAGUUGCCCUGUCACGAGUAUGAGCAGAGAUGCCAAGGAUACCUGCUCCAAAGUGCAAUGAGUGGUCUCUCUGUGAGUUCAGAGGGAAACCGCGCAAGCUCUUCUACUAUUUGCUACCAACUGCCGUGCAAAGAUAGCUGCAAGAGAGAUGCGUGGCUUCGCAAAUUGGACGACGCUUUCGGACCCAUUGAGAACAACAUGGUGGUCCCCUAUACGGACAAUCUCAUCCAGACGGGAACGACUGCUGGCUAUGGUGAAUUCAUCUACGAACUAGAGAAGACUUUCUUCCAUCUAGUGCAGAGUUGUGUUGAUACAGGCAUGAAACAGCAGUACGCUUUCAAACCCAUGAAUGCAACCAAGAGACGUAUAGUGCAUGAAUUGGCAGACUUCUACGGACUAGACUCGCAGUCGUAUGACGAGGAACCCAUGAAACAUGUAGUCGUGUUCGGAUACAGAAAUCGGGUGAAAAUCCCGGACACCAGCUUAACUUCUGUAAUUUCAAAGCGUCUCAAACAAGCUUCCUUUAACGCACAGUCUCAGCCAGGAGUUUUAAACACGCGACAAGCUUCGAAUGUCACCAGUUUUCCAGCUCCUUCCGAACUACCAGGAAACCAAUUUCAAGGUCCUGAUGCGGAUGGUUGGACGGUAGUCGGAAGCGCACAACAUCAGAGCAUGAUUCGAGCACCUGGUAGUCAACAACAGCAAAGCACUCAGCAAAAUACAAAUAACCCACAGAUGCAGUCAACAUCCCUUGGAAAUGCUAAUUGGGCUUCUAACUUUCCACUAAUGAACCAAAACGAUUCAAAAGCUAACCAGGCCAAUAAUCCGUAUUCGCAAUACAGCGCUGCAGUUGGUAUGUCCUUCUCGAACGCCACAAAUUUGCAACAACAGCAAAAUAUGAACCAGUGGAACCCAAAUAUCCAUUAUGGAGGUCAAAUUAGCUUUCAGAAUGUGGCACCUCCACAACCUGCGUGGCAACAGCCGUCGAGUAUGGCGGCAACAGUGAAUAGUUUUUCCAUGUCGCCUUCGAGCUCGUUCGACUUUGGAAACCUACAAAUGGACUCAAGAAGUAGCCAAGAGUUAAUCCAACCAGGUCUGGUCAGUCUGGGAACAGUGAGGUCACAGCCCAGAUCCAGCAGAGUUCCUGCGAACAACCAGCACGUGAACAAUUUAAUGAGUGAUCAUUUCGAAGACUAAUGUGACUUCGAUUGAAACUCAAUGACUGCAGUUGAUCUGUAUUACAUUGCUUUCCGAAGCGAGUAACUUAAAUAUUCAAGUGAGAAAAUGUCCACAGUCAGUUGGCUAUAUUAUAUUGUUGAUUUUUCACUUGUUCGACUUAAUUGAGUGUUAAUGGACGUAUUAAAUUAAACUCAUUCAAGUCAUGUUU